AUGAGGGUGUUUGUGUUGGCGCUCACUGUGGCCUUCGUCGCCAGCAGCCAGGCCAGCCUUGCUCCACAGUUUGAGCCUGGAAAGACCUUCGAGUACCGAUAUGAAGCUGUUGUGAUGGGCGGCCUGCCUGAGAAAGGCCUCGCUCGGGCCGGAGUCAAAAUCCGCAGCAAAGUUCAGAUCAGAGCAGAGGCUGACAAGUUUAUCCUGAAGGUCGUCGGACCAGAGAUCUUCGAGUACAGCGGCAUCUGGCCCAACGACAGCUUCAGCUCGGACCCCAAGCUCACCUCGUCGCUGGCUGCUCAGCUCAAGACGCCCAUCAAGUUCGAGUACACCAACGGCAUUGUCGGGAAAGUGUUUGCACCAGCCAGCAUGACCACCACCGUCCUUAACAUCUACCGGGGAAUCCUUAACGUCUUACAGCUGAACAUCAAGAAAACGCACAACGUGUACGAGAUGCAAGAGGCCGGCGUCCACGGCAUCUGCAAGACCCACUACUCCCUGACAGAGGAACAGGAGAUGAACCGCAUCCUUCUGACCAAGAGCAAAGACCUGAGCCAGUGCCAGAGCAAGAUCUAUGAGGACUUCGGCCUGGAACAUGCAGAGACUUGUGUUGAGUGUCGAGCUAGCGGAAGUGCCCUGAAGACAGCUGCUGUCUCCAGCUACGUCCUGAAGCCGACACCCAGCGGCUCCCUCAUCAUGAACGUGACCGUGGAGGAGCUCGUCCAGUUCUCACCCUCCAACAUCCUGAGAGGCGCUGCUCAGAUGGAGUCCAAGCAAAUUCUGAUCUUCCUGGAUGACAAGAACGUCCCGAUGCAGAACCCCCCGGUCGAGUAUCUUCACCGUGGAGAACUGCAGUACCAGUUUGGCAGCGAGCUCCUCCAUAUGCCCAUCCAGCUCCUGAAGAUCAGCAACGUUGAAGCUCAGAUGAAGGAGAUCCUGGGACAUCUGGUCGCCAUGAACGCCCCCAAGGUCUCCGAAGACGCCCCGUUGAAGUUCAUCGAGUUUAUCCAGCUGCUGCGAGUGGCCAAACCGGAGAACAUCGAACAGCUGUGGGAGCAGCUCCAACGCAAACCCGAAUACAGGUACUGGAUCCUGAGCGCCAUCUCCACCAUGGGAACUCACUCCUCUUUGAAGUUCAUAAAGGAGAAGUUCUUUGCCAACCACCUGACUCUUUCUGAAGCUGCCUCGGCUCUGCUCUCAGCUCUGCACUCGGUGUCGGUCGACAUGGAGUCCAUCAAAUUGGCCAAGGAGAUCAUGAUGAGCGCCACAAUCCAGAACACAAUGGCUCUACGCGAGAUCAUCAUGCUGGGCUACGGUACCCUGGUUGGCAAAUACUACGCAAAAAACCCAACUGUCCAACUUAAUCAAAAUAUUACACAGUAUAUCUACGACUUUGCUACGAAGGCAGUCACUACCAAGAACUAUACGGACCUCGCUCUCGCCCUGAAAGUUCUGGGUAACAUCGGAUAUCCUGGUAGUGUGAAGGCCAUUCAGAAGAACAUCGUCAGUUUUAGCAAAUCUGCUGGCGAUCUGCCUCUCAGAAUUCAAAUCGAGGCCAUUCUUGCUCUGAGGAACAUCGCCAAAAGGGAACCCAAGCAGGUCCAGGAGAGGGUUCUUCAGGUGUUCAUGGACCACAAACUGGAGCCAGAGCUGCGUAUCGCCGCUGCCAUCGUGCUGUUUGAGUCGAAGCCUCCCUUGGGUCUGGUUACCAUGAUGGCCUCUUCUCUGCUGAAAGAAAGGAACCUGCAGGUCAUCAGCUUUGUCUACUCGUACAUGAAGGCCAUGACCAAGAGCACCAUCCCUGACUUUGCUUCAGUUGCUACAGCCUCCAACGUUGCCGUGAAGAUGCUCAGCCCCAAACUGGACAGACUGUCCUACCGCUACAGCAGGAUGUUCUACUAUGACAACUACUACAGUCCCUGGAUGAUGGGAGCUGCCGCCAGCGCCUACUACAUCAACAACGCUGCAACCAUUUUCCCGACAGCCAUCAUGGCCAAAACUCGUAGUUACAUGGCCGGAAUUUAUGCUGAUAUUUUUGAGGUUGGAGUGAGAACUGAAGGAAUCCAAGAGGCCCUUUUGAAAGGCAAGAACAUCCCAGCGAAUGCAGACAGGAUCACCAAGAUAAAACAAGUCGUAGCGGCCCUUCAGAACUGGAAGAAAAAUCCUUCAAGCAAGCCGCUGGCCUCCAUGUACGUCAAGUUCUUUGGACAGGAAGUUGGGUUUUUGGAUGCCGACAGAGCCAUCUACCAAAAGAUCAUUGAGCAUGCGAGCAUAGCUGACAUUCAGGGUAAAGUGAGGAGUGUUCUGAACACUCUGUGGGACGGUUACACAAUGAAUUGGAAUUUCUACAAACCGAUGCUGGCCAAGGAGAUCCGUCGCAUCCUCCCCACCAGCACUGGUCUUCCCAUGGAGCUCGGUUUCUACACCGCUGCUGUGGCUGGGGCAUCUCUUAAGGGUGAGUUUCGCUGCUCCACCGGACCCGUCCAGCCUCAGACCCUCAUGCAGCUUAUGGACACCGACAUCAGAGCAACAGCUAACAUCACCCCAAGCUUCUCCAUGCACACCUAUGCGGUGAUGGGGGUGAACACGGCUUACUUCCAGGCCUCGCUGCUCUCCAGAGCCAGAGUUCACACCAUUCUGCCCAGCAGCAUCGAGGCCAGCUUAGAAAUGAUGAAGGGUUACUACAAGAUCCAGCUCCCGUCAGUUCAGGAUAUUUACAAAAUUGCAUCUGCAAGCCUGGAGACGUUUGCUGUUGUGAGGAACGUGGAUGACCUCGCUGCGGCCAAAUACACGCCGGUGGUGCCAGCUAAUGCUACAGCUCGGCUGUCCAGGCCAUCUUCAAGGAUCUCCAGGAUGGCGUCCUCCCUGGCUAGUGGCAUGUCAGCGUCGUCCAAAAUCAUCCCUGAUGAUUUGCCAAGAAGAAUCUCCAGGAAACAGAAACCCUUCAGACCCUAUAAGAAGAAGAUGUGCGCUGAAAGUGAGACCUUUGGACUGAAGGCCUGCACCGAGGUGGAAUCCUACAGCGCUGUCUUCCUCAGAGAAUCCCCGCUGUACGCCAUCAUCGGAAAUCACACCGCUCAGGUUAAGGUUAAACCAGCUCGAGGACCAGUCGUCGAGAGGAUUGCAUUUGAGGUCCAGGUUGGAGAGAAAGCAGCAGAAAGGAUCAUUAAAGUCAUCAACCAGCGCGAGGAGGAGGAAACCCUCGAGGACAAGAACGUCCUGCUGAAGCUGAAGAAGAUCCUGGUUCCUGGUCCGAGUAACAGCACGGCCAAGUCCUCCUCCAGCUCCAGCAGCUCCCGGUCCUCCAGCUCCAGCAAGAGUGGCUCCAUCUCCAGCUCCAUCUCCAGCAGCUACAGCACCUCCCUCUCUAGGUCGUCCCAGUCUUCCUCCUCCAGGUCCGUCUCCUCCAGGUCCAUCUCGCGGCCCAAAAGCAGCGCGGUCAAGGUCGGCAAGUCUGGUCCAAACAGCAAGAAGUCCAGCAGCUCCUCUAGCAGCGCCUCCAGCAAACGUUCCAGCAGCUCCUCCAGCGGGACGUCCAGCAGCCAGUCGUUGCUCCAGUUCAGCAGUCAGUCCUCCAGCUCCUCCAGCUCCAGCACCCUGUCCAAGCAGGAACUGUAUCUCCUGAAGUUCAAGAAGAACCACGUCCACCAUCAUAGAGCCUCUGCAAACAGGCAGGACUCCCGCAGCAGUGCCACCAGCUUCGAAAGCAUCCAGAGCAAGGCCAAGUAUCUCUCUGAUGUUGUGCAGCCCUCGGUCACCAUCCUCCUUCGCGCUGUGAGGAGCGGCCACAAAGACCAGGGCUACCAGGUCACUGCUUACCUGGACAAGGCAACCUCCAGACUUCAGGUUAUCUUGGCCAACCUGGCUGAGGGCGACAAGUGGAGGGUCUGCACCGAUGCCAUGAAGCUGAGCGAUCACAAGCUGAUGGCGGCAACCACCUGGGGCAUCAAGUGCAAACAGUACAUGACCCAGGUAACUGCUGAGUCCGGCCUUGUGGAUCAGAUGCCUGCAGUCCGCCUCAAGUUGGCCUGGGAAAGAAUUCCACGGCGCAUCCAGCGCUACGCAGAGAAGCUCUACAAGUACAUGAGCCGCAUCCCUCUGGAGACCCAAGUGAGCAAAGCAAAGAUCCGGAAGGCAAGGCAGGUCUCGCUGACUGUAGCUGCUGAUUCUGAGAAAAGCCUGUAUGUGGCGCUGAACACUGAAAAGAGGACCUACUACAAACAUAAAGUCACCCUGCCUUUCUAUUUGCCCUUGGGAGAAACUGCUGCAGAGCUGGAGGCCUAUCAGAGCAACUUUACAGACUCGAUGUUCUACAUGUACACCAAGGCUAACACAGCUGAGUGCACCAUGAUCAGCGACACACUGAAAUCGUUCAACAACAGGAAAUUUAGAAACGAGAUGCCGCACGCCUGCUCCCAGGUCGUGGCUUAUGAUGCCACAGAGGAACACAAAUUCAUGGUUGAGCUGAAGAAGAACCAUCCAGAGGACCAGUACCAGAUCACUGUGACGAUUUCAAACAUUGACAUCGAUAUGUAUCCGAAGGACAGUGCUAUCAAGGUGAGGAUUAACAGAACAGAAAUUCCCAUCAGCGAUCGGCCAUAUGUGGACUCAACAGGCACAAUUCAGAUCAGGCAGAAACGUUUCGACAGCAUUCAAGGUAUCGCUCUCAUCGCUCCCGAACAUGGCCUUCAGCAAGUCUUCUUCGGUUACAACAUUUUCAUGAUUGAAGUUGUAGACUGGAUGAGAAAGGUCUCUGGAAUAUGUGGAAGCCCCGAUGGGGAAAUCAGACAGGAGUACAGGAAACCCAGUGGACAGAGGACCAAGGACCCGGUCAACCACGCUCACCAUUGGGUCCUACCUGGAAAGAGCUGCCGUGACGUCUCUGAGUGUUUUGUGGAGCGUCAAUCCGUGAAACUGGAGAAGCAGGUCAGCCUCCACGGCCAGCAAUCCAAAUGCUACUCUGUGGAGCCAGUUCUUCGCUGCCUGGCAGGCUGCACUGCACUGAGGACCACCAACGUCAGCGUUGGCUUCCACUGCAUUCCUGCCGAUUCCAGCAUCCCCCAGGGUCUGAGCACCAUCUCCGAGAAGAGCAUCGACCUGAUUGAGAUGGCCGAAGCCCAUCUAGCCUGCCGCUGCACCCCUCAGUGCGUCUAAUCUCACCGGCUUGUUACGUUUUAUUGUCGGUCUCAUGCAAGUCUUGUUAAUCACUUUGUUUGAACUGUAAACUUAAAU